AUGUUCAAGCCCUCGUCGCCGUUAUUUUCAGGUCUCCUCUGGAAAAUCCCAUGGCGCAUCUCGCAGCCCCAGAAAGCCCGCCAAAGGAAGCGCCUCCGCGCCGUCGACAAGGUCGUCGAUACCGUCAGCGCAGCCCUCGCACGACAAGGGCAGACCACAAAGGCAGUCGAGAGAUGGUACAGGGAGAUGCCCCGUGAGGAGGAGAUGCUGCCACGAGACAAGUAUACGAUCUUCGACAAGAAGGAGAAGACGUAUCGGAAGGGUAUUCACAAAUUACCAAAAUGGACCCGUGUCAGCCAACGUGUCAACCCUCCAGGUUUCUAA